CCCAUAAGCAUCAUCUUCAAAUUUGUAUUCCCUUGAAAGGAAAGGUUAAGCUGUUGGGAGUUCUCGACAUCAUAGAGGUUCACCAGAAACGUUGCAGUGGGCUGUAGCCCUCCCGAUGACCCCAUUAAGUGUUGGUCGUCGCGAACAAGUAACUGUACCAUCACAAAUUCCUACGGCUCCUUCCCUGAUCGGAGUGUGUGUCGAGCGGGGGACGUUGCCUAUCCGACCAGCGAGGAAGAGCUUAUUUCGGUGGUGGCUAUGGGCACGAUGAGCAAGAGAAAAAUGAAGGUGGCGACCCGUUACUCUCACAGCAUCCCCAAACUGGUUUGUCCGGAUGGGGAGGACGGGUUGCUGAUACGCACCAAGUAUCUGAACCGGACGUUAAAGGUAGACCCAACCACGAUGACGAUUAGCGUGGAGAGCGGGGUGACGCUGAGGCAGUUGAUCGACGAUGCAGCCAAAGCUGGGCUGGCGUUGCCUUAUGCGCCCUACUGGUGGGGGUUGACGGUUGGUGGGCUUCUGGGCACUGGCGCCCAUGGCAGCUCCUUGUGGGGGAAGGGUAGUUCUGUACAUGACUACGUCGUGGAACUUCGGAUUAUCACACCGGCAGGGCCAAAAGACAACUACGCAAAGCUCCGAGUGGUGGAUACCACUCAACCCGAUGAGUUCAAUGCAGCUCGCUUAUCCUUGGGAGUUCUCGGAGUCAUCUCACAGGUCACCCUAAGAAUGCAACCACUAUUCAAGCGCUCCAUUACUUAUUUGGUGAAGAAUGACUCGGAUUUGGGAGAACAAGCGGGUGAAUUCGGUUAUCAACAUGAGUUCGCAGAUAUCACAUGGUACCCAAGUCAAGGGAAAGCGGUUUAUCGAAUUGAUGACCGAGUCUCCUCCAAUGUCUCCGGCAAUGGUCUCAAUGACUUCAUCGGAUUCCGGUCUACACUUUCCCUUGCAUUGGCCAUUAUAAGAUCUUCUGAGGAAAGCCAAGAGUCUACAAGGAAUGCAGACGGAAAAUGCAUCGAUGCAAAGCUAACUACAUCGACCUUGAUGACCAGCGCAUUCGGCCUAACAAAUAAUGGGAUUGCGUUCACGGGUUACCCAGUAGUUGGAUAUCACAAUCGGCUGCAAGCCUCGGGGACCUGCCUGGACAGCCUCGAGGAUGGUCACAUCACGGCUUGCCCCUGGGAUCCAAGGGUGAAGGGUCAGUUCUUCCACCAAACAACAAUCAGCAUUGGUUUGUCCAAAGUGAAGAGCUUCAUACAAGACGUGCAAAAGCUGCUAGAGUUGGAUCGAAAGGCACUGUGCGGGUUGGAGCUCUACAAUGGGAUCCUGAUGCGAUACGUGAAAUCCUCCAGCGCUUACUUGGGGAAACAGGAAGACGCAAUGGACUUCGAUAUCACCUACUAUAGGAGUAGUGAGCCCAAGAGUCCCAGGCUUUAUGAAGACAUCAUUGAAGAAGUUGAGCAGCUUGCGCUCUUCAAGUAUGGAGGGCUGCCGCACUGGGGCAAGAACAGGAACCUGGCUUUCGAUGGAGUGAUUAACAAGUAUGGGGGGAGGAAUGUGAAGGCGUUCCUGAAGGUGAAGCAGAUGUAUGACCCGCAGGGACUCUUCUCCAGUGAAUGGACCGACAAAGUGCUUGGGAUUGAAAAUGAAAGUGAGACGAUCACUAGAGUCAAUGUUGAGGGAUGCGCGCUGGAAGGGCUUUGUGUGUGCUCCCAGGACCUCCAUUGCGCCCCACAAAAGGGUUACUUUUGUAGACCUGGUAGAGUAUACAAGGAUGCACGGGUAUGUAUGCCUUUGAAGACGCCGGACUCAUCCUCAUCCACCGCUAAGAGUAUACAGCGACACAGGAGCACGCAUAAUGCCCACCACACCCAUCUGAUAAGAUGA